AUGGCGGGUCGCGGCGGCACCGGCGAGCAGCGGGCGGCGGCGCCGGGCCGUGGCCGGCAGCGGUUCGGCCGCCGUGGGACCACGGCAGGGAGCGCGGCCGGCGCCCUCGGGGCCGCUGAGGCCAGGCCGCCGCCGCCUCUCAGCCCCGUGGCUGCCGCCGGUGCCCCUCGGCCGGGCCGCGCUGUGAGGCCCAGGUCCAGGAGCUUUGCUGCCUGGCCAGGGGAUGGUUCUGAAGCUGUAAGGGCUGGAGUUGAGAGUCUGUGUUUAAGAGCUGCCGUGAAGCCAGAGCCCAAGUUGAACAUUGAGAGCCUGCCACCAGAAAUGCUGCUGAAGAUCUUUUCCCUUCUGGAUGCUGAAUCCCUGCUGUCUGUGGGCUGUGUGAGCAGGAGCUUCUAUCAUCUGGCCAGUGACAAGGCCCUCUGGCUGCCCAUCUAUUCCCAGGGCUUCAAACCAAAAAGGGCAUUUUGGGAAGUGAGCUCAGGACCAGCACAAACUCUUCACUCAGGCUGUGCUGCUCUGCAGGAUGGAAGUUCUGACCACUGGAAGGAAAAAUACCUCUGCAGGCAAAUAGCUGCUGUGCAAAUGAGAGCAAUUCAGUCUGUGAGCUCUGUCAGGAACCUCCUGCCAUGCAAGAACAGAGAAGCCAUGAGAGCUGCUGGCUUGAGCUGGAUGAUUGUCCUGAAGGAGAAGAGUGGAAGGGAGCACCUGAAGGAGAAGAGGAAGGUGUCCUUUCAGGACAGCUCCCUUACCCUUCGUUGGUAUGGCCUCGCCUGGCCCUGCCUGGAUGUGCUGUCGGCUCUGAGGCUGCACGGAGUCCUGCCUCUCUUCCCUGGGGGCAGCAAGGGACCUUGCUACCAUUCCCUGAUUGCUGAAUACCACCUUGCUGACCUGACAGCACUGGGUGCUGACCAAGCUGUGCAGCUCUUCACUCUGAAGCCAGGCCUCUUGCUAGGCCUUUGGAAGGACACAAAGGAGAUUGCCUUUAUCUCAGCCAGCCUGCAUUAUCAUCAGCUGAUGGAGAGAAGCAUCCUGGGCUCUGUUGCUGGCCCAUAUGCCCCUCCAGCCCAUCAGCCUCUGCUGGACCACAGUGACCCAGAGCAGGGCCUGCAUGGCUACAGCCUGCACUUUGAUCUCCACAGUGGGACCUCUGCCUACAUGUGUGGCACGUUCAGGGACCUCUCCUGCAGGAAAGGUGAGAUUGCAGAUGGCUAUGUGCGGCUCACAGCCAUCAGCAGCCUGCAGCAUGGCAUGGAGCAGUGCCCCUUCACCACCAUCCCUGGCUUGUCCUGGCACACUGAGAUGCUGGAGGGCACUGUGAAGGAGUGCUGUGUGCUGGAUCUGACUCUCUGGGAUGAAGAUGAGAGAGCCUUCUGGUGCUUCAGUGCCCCAGUCUCCAUGCAGCAGUCACCCAGGGCCCCAGGCAGCUGUGACCUCCUGCAUCCCAGCCACACCCUGGAGUACUGUGAAGGCUCAGAAGGCAGAGUCUGCCUUGAGUUCCUGUAUGUGAGUGAAAGCAGGCAGUACAUUGUGGUCAGCUUUGUGGUCUAUGUCAGCACCAGAAAGGUGAAUGAGUGGUUUGGAACUGACUACUGACCUCCCUGGCUCCCUCCUGCCCUUGUUUGGUUGGUUAAUUGGUUGAGUUAAUUGGCAAACAAGUGGAGCAUAAUAAAUGUUGAUAGUUAAA